AUGGCGCCUGCAAAAGGAGACAAAAAUGUUGCUCUGUCAAAUAUGAACUUGGAGAGAUUGCUUAGCAUGAAAGGUGGCAAAGGAGAAGCUAGCUAUGCCAACAAUUCUCAAGCUCAGGCCGUACAUGCUAGGUCUGUGCUUCACCUUCUCAAAGAAACCCUAGACACAGUUCAUCUUGAAGAUAACCCUAAUAUCACAUUUACAGUUGUGGAUUUGGGAUGUUCAUGUGGGAGCAACGCGAUUAAUACAAUGGAUGUGAUUAUCAAGCACAUCAUCAAGCGGUACCAGGAUUUAGGGUUUGUACCUCCAGAGUUUUCUGCUUUCUUCUCUGAUCUUCCAAGCAAUGAUUUCAAUACCCUCUUCCAGUUGUUUCCUCCUUUGUUGGUGAACUAUGGUGGCGGCGUUAGCUUGGAAGAAUGCCUUGCCGCCGACAACCAUCGCUCAUACUUUGUCGCCGGAGUCCCCGGCUCAUUUUACCGGAGGCUUUUCCCGGCGAGGUCCAUCAGCUUCUUUCAUUCAGCAUUUUCACUGCAUUGGAUAUCUCAGAUACCAGAAAGUGUGAUGGAGAAGAAGUCAAAAGAAUAUAACAGAGGAAGAGUGUUCAUUCACGGAGCGAGUGAGAGCACAGGAAAUGCAUACAAGAAACAGUUUCAAGCCGACUUGGCCAGCUUUCUCAAAUGUCGCUCCCUUGAGAUCAAGAAAGGGGGGUCCAUGUUCUUGGUUUUCUUGGGUCGGACCUCACCCGACCCCACCGACCAGGGUGGCCCCGGCCUCCUCUUUGGGACCCACUUUCAGCACGCUUGGGAUGAUCUUGUUCAAGAGGGAUUAAUUAGCAGUGAAAAACGAGACGACUUUAACAUUCCUCUGUACGCAUCAAGCCUACAAGACUUCAAGGAGGUCGUUGAGGCCGACGGCUCGUUUGUCAUCAACAGGCUUGAGCUGUUCAAAGGAGGAAGCCCUCUCGUGGUGAGCCGCCCCGAUGAUGGAGCCGAAGUCGGCAGAGCCUUAGCCAACAGCUGUAGGACUGUGUCCGGCGUCCUUGUCGACGCUCACAUUGGCGAACACCUCAGCAACGAGCUGUUCUCCAGAGUGGCGCGCCGAGCUGCAAGCCAAGGCAAACAGCUCUUGGACCAAAUUCAGUUCUUUCAUAUUGUUGCGUCCCUUUCCCUCGCUCAAUCAAGAUCUCAGAACUUUUAAUUACAGAGCUGGAGAGCAUUAUAUUAUAUUGCAGACAGGGGCUCCUCUGAUCUUUCUUCGUUCCCAUGGAGACUAAACCCGGUUUGGGCUUACAAUCCGAUGCUGAUGUGUGAAAAAGGUGACGGCAUACAAUGUAUAUAAACUUUGUCAUAUAUCAUUAUUUAAUAAUAUACUUUUUAUUCAAAAGUACAAUUAUUAAUUUUCCUUCUUUUUUGUUUUAACUUUUUUUCGUGUAUAUCACAGA